UAUAGUCUCUGAAGGCAGACGUGGUGAGCUAGCUCGUCAGUCACCACUCUAGUAAGCAAAACUUGCACGACAGAAGCAUUAAAAGUACGGAAACAGUGAAUUCGUGGUUUCCUUGCUCGGUUGCUGUUCCUUUGAUAAAUCAGUCUGAUUUCUGUGCUGAGUGCGUAUGUGUUUUUCGAUUCGUUCAAGUGCGUGCAGUUGAAAAUAUUUAAGUUUUUCCGGUUUCGUAUUACUGUUGACUAUUGAAUAGCUUAAUAAUACGUUUCCAAAAAUAAGUCUCUAUCUUCGACUCUGAUAGCAGACGUUUAACAUAGAGCUGACAUGCCAAUUUUGGUCAAUCCAAAAUUGAUACUCGAAGAAGAUUGAAUAAAUAGAAAAUUCAGGGCGGUGGAAAGAUAGCAAAAUUACUCAUCGCUAUCAAUAUACUGGGAGCGCUGAUUCGUUUCGAGUGAACACAUCAUCAAACUUCAAGUUCGUUGUUAAGAAAAGAAUCCAACGAAGAAAUUCGUAUGUACAAGUGUCAAAACGAAAAGAAAAAAGUGCUGGUCUGGUAGUUACACAGUGAGUGUUGUGAGAUAACAUAAAAGGAAAUAGUUGUAGAAAAUUUCCUGAAAGAAGUGCAUUUUUAGUUUUUGCCAUAGUUAAUUCAUUUAUUGUGUACGACAAGUUAUACAGCAAACCAUAAAAACGAACACACCACAGCAGCAAUCGACACAAAUCGGAGCACAACACAUCACAAGAAAAUGGCAGAUGUGGAUGAUGUGAUAAGUGACCAGGAGAAGAUUCGUAUAGUAAAUGAUUUCAUCCUGCAUGCGCCUCCGGGUGAGUUCAACGAAGUGUUCAACGACGUUCGCGAGCUGCUGAAUGAUGACCGGCUUUUAAAAGACGGUGCUAGUGCAGCAUGUGCCCAGUACAACAAAGACCAGCUUACUCCUAUAAUUCUGGAGGGCUCGGAGCUUGCCGUGUUAGUCACAGAGUUCAACGAUCUGGGUGGUGGCCGGUUCUUCGACCCACGGACGAAACAAAGCUUCAAGUUUGAUCAUCUUCGCAAGGAAGCGUCGGAUCUACAGAACCAUGACGGUGAUCACAUUUCGGAGCAGUGGCGCGCGAUGCUCGAUAUCGAAUCGCUAACGUACAGUGCAAACCAUUAUCGUAACGGAUCAUGUUCGACCUUCGGCCGCACCAGUAAUGGACAGAUCACAUUGAACGUGUGCAUUGAAGACCAUCAAUUCCAACCGAAAAACUUCUGGAACGGGCGGUGGCGUUCCGUGUGGUCCAUUAGCUUCCCAGUAACCGGAGGCGGAACAGCUGAACUAAAAGGGAUGCUCAAACUGCAAGUGCACUACUACGAGGACGGCAACGUGCAGUUGGUUUCCUCGAAGGACUGCCGUGAAGCGGUUGUCAUUACGAACGAAGCUGCCACCGCCAAGGAGAUCAUACGACUGAUUGAGGAAAACGAGCACGAUUACCAAACGGCAAUUUCGGAAAACUAUCAAACGAUGUCGGACACAACAUUUAAGGCGCUGCGGAGACAGCUCCCCGUUACUAGAACAAAAAUCGAUUGGAGCAAAAUAGUAUCGUACAGUAUCGGGAAGGAACUGAAAACACAGUAAUCGAUCCGUUUCGAUUUAUUAUGCGAAAGCGCUUAAUAUGAAACAUGGAUGCGCUUAACAUGAAAUAAAAUAAAAACAAAACAUACGCAACACACAGGGCUUAGGCGAUCGUGUUCCGCGCUAAAGGUCUAGCAAAACUAGUGAGCACACAAGUGUCGCUGCGCGGCGCAAAAUCAACCUGCAGAAAAUUGUAACAAAUUCAACAAUUAUUUCCAAACAGUUAUUCGAACCAGCAGCAUCGUUUUUUUUACAAUAAACGUACGCAAGCAAGAACAACAAAAUCAAACAAUGUCACUCACUUAAAAUUAUACGGAAACUUGCACUUAGUUAGGCCCGGUUGGCAUAAGUGUUCGUUUGAUUAGAGUAUAUGAUCAACUAUUGAAACUUCGUUUUUAAAAUUUUACGUUUGCAUUUGUCCUACCUCGAUUCUAGGUGACGGAAGAGAUUAUGUUUCCGGGCAGUCUCAUUUUAUUGUUCACUUAAAACCGCUCUUAUGCCUCCUAUCGAAGAAAAAUCAAUUCCUCGAUUGUCCUACACGAAACGCAUUCUUGAUAGAAUCGACUUUGAUUUGAAUUGCUGGAAAUUUUCUUAUGCCAAACGGGAAUGCCCCAAACACACCUAUAUGACAACUAAAGCCAAUUUAUCUCCGAAAUGCAAGACAACGGGGAAGAAUAUUGCUGUAAAUGCAUCGCUAUAGGGAUAGAAAAGAAAGUUAAUCUAGUGAACAGAUAAAAAAAAUUCCGAAAUCAAUUAUAGAACGAACAAGAAAUUUAACACUAACAUAUUACUACAGACACCUAGGACGAGAAAAACUCGAUUAAUCGGCGUUUUACCCGAUGCAAAGACCUUUUUUUAUUAGAUACAAAGUUUCACGUUCACGCGGCUCAUCGGCGCGCAAGUGUAUACAAUUGAGUAUAUGAAUCGAUUAGGAGCUGCAGGAAUGCUGCUGCAGAGUAACAUAGUUUAUAAAAAUAGCAACGGCAUAAAAAAUCGCCAGAGGUGGUAGUCAGCAUGCAAUUUGAUUAGGCGACAGUUAAUGCGCUCAAUAGUUUAAUGUUGUAGUUUACAACCCUCUACAGUGACAACGCACCCGUCCUUUGAAAACCCAUAGUUUGGUUUUAUUUCUUCUCUCCUGUCGAGGUAAUACUGCUUCUCUUAGUACAUCCGAACAGCAUCGGUGCUGAAUUUAAAAGAUGCUCGACUAGUAACCCGGUUAGCGACAGACAACAUAAAUUUAACUCAAAGUAUAUGUUGUAAAUGGGAUUGUAUUCAAAUGUACAAGUUUUAAAGUCAUUAAAGGUUGCAACAUUAUGAAUUAAAAGAUUUUCUUUCAUACAGUCGAAAUUCAUCGUAUUGAAUAUAAUUAUAUUUGUCAAAAUGUGUUGCGUUUGUUUCAAAUCAUGGUAAAUUUUCAAAUACUUACGGUUCUUGAAUUCCUCUCUAAUUUGUUCGUAUUUGUUAAAACAUCAGACAAAAACAUAAUUUCUUAAACGAACUGAACAGCGAUCGAAUGUUAUGAAAUUUUACCGAUUGUUAUGGCAAUUUCGUGUAUUCAUGGACAACAAAUAAUGUUUAACGUCAAUCAUAUUUUUCAUUCAUAGUAUGUUCCUGUAGAAUCCCUCUGGGUGUGGUAAAAAAGUGGUGCAUUGAAGCAUGCAGCAAUCGUCACUCCCGAAGUCAGACGUAAUUCAGAACAAAAAAGGUGGUUAGAGAUAGUGCCACCCACUGCGCAACAAAAAGUAGCUAUGUUAACCAGAAACGAGAACAUUUCAUUCUAACUAAAGAAUAAAAUAUAAGCUAGAAUUCCAACCCCUUCUGAAAGCUAAUCGCGUACAACACAGACAUAGUCUUAUAAUUGGCAAACAAAGCGAACAAAAAACACGAAUCGAUAAAUCACCGCUAAAAUAAGAGCAAAAAAUUUCAGACAAACAUUUACACUGACAAACGCUGCUGUAAGGACAAUGUUAAGGUGAAGCAGAUGAAUAGUGAACAGUAGAAUGAAAAAAGUAACACAAUACAUGCAUGAACCGUUGAGUAAUUAUGAGGUAAUAAAAACUUGAAAACAAGGUAAGAAGAAACAAAAUAACUAUAUUAAAUUGAAAAAAAAAUAAAAGUAAUGUAUAUUUAAUUAUUAUUACAUAUAUAUGAAAAUUAAAUAAAAAUUCAUAUAAAAACGUGCAACGGCCA